AUGAAUACCAUUGAAAAAAUUGUUAAAUGUUUGAACUUGAUCAAGCAUUUCCUCAUAAAGAAAAUCAAAACAUGUAUCAAAAGCUUUCCAUGGAAUAUCAUUCUCAAGAUUAAAAGAGUUAUUAGAUUGAUCUUAAAAAUCAUUUUGGCAAUCUUAUGGGAAGUCAAAAAAAUCUUGACUGAGAUUUUAAUCAAACUAUAUUACCUUUUAAGAAAAGUUGAACGCUGGGCAAGAAUCCCAAUAGAACUAAAAAUUUAUAUCAAGCAAGAGAUUUAUGAAACAUUGGGAUAUGCAGACGAAGAUAGAGAGGAAUAUUUGGAGGAAUUAUUCAGGGAACAUGAAGAAGAGAAAGAAAGAGAGAAUUCAAAAGAAUUUAGAAAGCUUAAACCUAUUGAUGAAGAUGGUUUGAGUUAUGCUAUAGGGUCAGGAAACAAGCCUGAUGAUUUAACUAAAUUAUUCACAAAAAAGUUCACAAAGAAAGAGCUUAAAGAGCUAGAUCGUGACUCUUAUAAUCACGAAGUUAUUUAUCAAUUUGGCACAACAAAAACAGAAUCGAACCAAUACGAUAUCAUUCCAAAAGCUGACCCAUUAGUUGUACGUUCUAACGAAGAUGAAGAUAAUAACGAAAUUUCUGACGAGAAUUGGGAUUUCAAUAUAACUGUUCCAUCUGAAUUUAUUGAAAACAUCGUUAAAAAUAUGAGUAUAAAUAUAGAUCUUGAUAUGAAUUCCACCAUUACAACAAACGCAUCAAAUCUUACGCUUAAUUCAUCAACAACAUUCCAUGAAUCAAAAGGAUCAUAUUUUUUGAACAUUAAUGUUUGGUCAUUGAUUACAGUUCCUAUCACAAUUUUGAUUUUCUCUAGACUAUAUACAAUGUGA